UUAAAACCUAUUUAGGAAAAACCCGGGAGGGAAAAAUCCCUAAAUAGGGAAAAUAGUACCUGUCUACAAAAACCAAAAAACAAAGAUCGGGAGCACGGAAGGAACCGUCUCAGAAGCUCCGAUCGAACCAUUUGCCCCUAGACAGUCCGGGCCCUCGCCGAUCAAAAAACCAUAAAACAAGCCCAACCAAAGAAAGAACCCAAAGGGAAAGCCACAAAGCUCCCGAUGCCAACAACAAAGGAUCGAAGAUCCAAAGUGUUGUGGAGCAGCCAACGGGACCCAACCCUAGAGGUCUAACCCCGAGCACACCCGCGAGCUGUUAAAAAUGAAAAAUUAUGGGGAAAAUGGAAUUCAUGCAAAGUUUUUGUGAUAUUUGGUGUAAUAAAAAAAUGCAACUUUUUCAAUCAUCGGAGUGGAACGUGUGUGGCGUGUGCCGGCGAGCCAUAUCAGCGCCACGUCAACUCCGAUUAGAGGGGGGAAAAAUCGUGGAAAAAAUGAACGACUAAUUCAAUCUGUGAUUAAAAAAAUGGAAUUUUUUUAAAAUUAUGGGAAAAAUGGAAUUCGGGCAAAGUUGGUGAUAUUUGGUGCAAUUAACCCUUAAAAACAAAUGUUAAGCAAAUCUUUUAUAUUAGUGCAGAUAAUUAAGCAUAAGCAAGUUAAUUACCUGAUCAUAUAUAUAUAUAACAUGCUAACUUUUUUUUUCUAGGGUAAGAGUUGUAGUAACAUUAUAACAUGUAAAUUUAUCUUUUCCCAUUGAGAUUAGGAGUGAGGCGGAAUUAGAUUUCCUACCAUAUAUACUUCAAGCCUGAAAUUUUCCUAAACUACAAUCUCUUAAUUUGUUCAACAUGGCUGAUACUUGGUAAGCAAGCAACGCCUGAUUUCCCCUCUGUCUCCCUCUCAUCGAUCAAGCAAAUUAAGUUUGUGUGGCCGCAACAAUGGCGACGCAAAUUUGCAAGAACAAUAACAAUGGGUUUGGCCAUCUCUCGAAACCCAAUAAAGGUAACUAUCUAUCUGUUUUCCGUGGAAGAAAGACUGCGUGCAGAUCGAAACCAGCGAAAGGGAUUGUGAUAAAGAAACCGGCCGAAAUCAUAUCUUUGGCAAAGGAAAGAAAGAGAAAAUUAUCGGAGUUGCAAUGUAGUUGUUUGAAGAAGAGAAGUAGAGAUGUGACUAUUCCUGAUUGCGGAAGCGUUGAUGAGUACGUGAGUUUGGGUAAGAUCAGCGGAGGGUCGUACGGCCUCGUCUACAAAGUCCAACACAAGAAGACUGGAGAAAUCAUGGCCAUGAAGGAGGAGUUUGAGGGAUUAUCGCCCACCACAAUCACCGAAAUCGACAUCCUCAAAUCCCUCGGCGGCGCCCAUCCCUCCGUCGUCGGAUUCAAGGAAGUGGCGGUGGACGAGUACGACGGCGUCUACGUCGUCAUGGAGCACAUGGAGACUGAUCUGCGAGCUCUCAUCAAGGGCGGCGGUCUAGCCAUCAGCCAGGUGAAGAUGUUGAUGAAGCAGUUGCUGCAAGGAGUCGAGUUCCUGCACGAAAACGGUGUGAUGCAUAGGGAUCUCAAGCCUGCAAAUCUCCUCGUAAACAGAGGGGGAGAGUUGAAGUUGAAGAUAUGCGAUUUCGGGCUGUCCGUUAGGUUUAGGAAGGAGUUGGUGUCAUCGUAUUCGCCUCGCGUGGGGACGCUCUGGUACAGGGCUCCGGAGCUGCUUCUCGGAGAGGAGAGGUAUUCGUGUGCGGUGGAUAUGUGGGCGGUCGGAUGCAUUAUGGCCGAGUUGCUGUUCAACAAAGUGUUGUUCAGAGGGGAAUCUGAGGAGGAUCAGUUGCAUCAGAUAUAUUGUCUUCUUGGCCUUCCAAGUAGUGCCGAGAAUGUUUCCACUUUGCUGAUUUCAUCUGCAAAUUUGGAGCUUUCCGAGCCUGGAUUUGAUCUGCUCAAGGGCUUGUUAACUUAUGAUCCAACUAAGAGGCUCACACCACAAGCUGCUCUCAACCAUGUUUGGUUUCAAGACUUGAUCAGCUCUUAGCUUGCUACUCAAUAUAUAUAUGAGUGUUUAAUUUGUUGAGUGAUAGUGAGAGAUACCAACUUUUAUUGAGUUGGUGUUAAUUAGUGGUGCUGUAGAGCACUGUUGUUGCUUCAAGCUACAGGGGUCCUCCCAAAUCCC